AAAAAGUCUGUGUUCCGCUUUAUGUGUAGCUUCAGUUAGAAGUUUCCGGUGCGCCGUCGGGAUGUUUUUCCGGUGAGCACCCAGACACGCAGACAUGCCACUUGCAAAAGAUCUACUGAACCCCAGCCCAGAGGAGGAGAAGAGGAGACAUAAGAAAAAACGUCUUGUGCAGUGUCCUAAUUCCUAUUUCAUGGAUGUCAAAUGCCCAGGUUGCUACAAGAUCACCACAGUGUUCAGUCAUGCUCAGACUGUAGUGCUGUGUGUUGGCUGCUCCACAGUUCUUUGUCAGCCAACUGGAGGCAAAGCUCGUCUUACAGAAGGAUGCUCCUUCAGGAGGAAACAGCACUAGUUUGACUGGAGAUGAACAAACCUGGUCGAGAAGGAAACGGAUGGAGGAACACUGCCAUGGAGCUGACACAGCGAUGAAAAGAAAGGGCGUGUAUACAAAUCUUGUGACAUAAGAUGCCUAUCUGCAGAAUAUGCACAGAGGGGAAUGCUUGGCGUUAUUGAGAUCCCUCUCUCAGCCACUAUCCAUUAAUUCUUUUAUCUCAAUAAACCUAGGUUGAUUUUGUUAAAAUAA